AUGUCCGAUAUUUCUCAUGUAAAACUUGAAAUUGAGGAGACACCAGAUAAAAAUAAGAAAAUUUUGGAAAUUGUCGGCUCUCCUAACUCGAAAUAUAUCGCUACAUUAGACCAAGAUAGCAAUAUUAAUCUUUAUUCUAUUGAUAAUCAAGGAAAACUUUUAAAGAACAUAAAAACAAAUCAUAUUAAUAAUAUUUGCACCAAAGGAAAAGGUGAAAGGUUAUUUGCAAUUUCAAAUAAUAAAUGUGUUUCAAUUGGUCUUGAUAGAGACAAGCCCUAUAAUUUCAAAAUUUUCGAUUUUGAAAAUGAAAAAGAAGUAUUAUUUAGAUUUCCAGAUUGGCAAAAGGAAAUUGACUUCUUAUCUUUUAUUGCGAACGGAGAUAUUAUAAUUGUCAAUACUAAAUAUUAUAGAGCAUAUGUUUUUUCAAAUAAAAAUAAUAUUAGUUGGGAUUGUAAAUCAAUGAUUGAGCUGAAAUAUUUUAAAAAAAUUUAUAUUACUCUUAAAGGCAAAUUGAUCAUAUUUAAUGAUACUAUUUAUGAGAUCACGAUGUGGGACGUUGAAAAAUUAUCGAUUAAAACUCGUAUCUUAAUAGAUUGGGAUUUUACACCUGAAUCUAUUGAAAUUAGUGAUGAUGAAGAAUUAUUAGUAGUAUGUGCAAGAAAUGUGAAAACCAAAAAAACAUGUUUAUAUAUUUUUUCCACCGAAACUGGGAUAAAUCUGUCAUUCUUUACUACCAAAGAUGCAAUAGAUAGAUUUCACUUGAUCGCUUCCAGAAAAGGGGAAAGAUUAUUGUACAUUUCGGACGAUCCGUAUAAUUUAAACCAUCAAUAUAAUUUAAUGGACCCUUAUAACCUAAAAAAUCCAAUAGAUGCGGGUGUGCUUUUUGAAAGGGACAAAAUUCCAAUUCGAGAUCCAUACAUUAUUCUGUCGGAUGAAAUAUCGGAUAAAAUAGUUUAUACAAUUGAUGGAAGAGUUUUAAUUGAAGAACUAGUGCCUAAUAAUUGGGUCAAAUACUUACGAAAAGAACUGAAUGACACAAAUAGAAUUACAACUCUGUCUAAAAAGACAAUUGAUAUUAUAGCUGAAAUUAUAAACAAAUUAACUGAUGAUUAUAAUGUUAAUAGGAAAGAAUUUGAAGGAGAAUCUUUAAAAUGGGGGUUAGAAUUAGACGAUAAAUCUGUCAGAAUUACAGCAAUUGAUUAUAAUCAUCGCAAAAUGGAAUGGAACCCAGAUGAUAAAAAAAAGCAUCUAGACAUUCUUCCAUCAUUUUAUCCGAAUGGAAAAGAUUUUAUACUAUGUUGUGAAAUUCUUGAAAAUGAUGAUUUAAUUAUGAUUACACGUAUUGGUGUAAUUAUCUGGACAUAUAGACGUUUUGAAAUUAAGAUGCAUUAUUACUGGAAUUAUUGGAAUGAUCGUUUGGAACAGUUCGAAUUUGAAAUGAUAAAGUUUAAAAAUUUCUUUAAGGACUGGACUCCAGGAAGAAUUCUUCCUGCUUCUAAUUACGAAACAAUCUAUAAAAAUCUGGAUGUUAAAUUUGGCGAAGAAGAAAUACAGCUCUUUGAAACGUUUUUGAAAGAUAAUAUCCUUGAUGAAUUUUAUUUAAACUGUUACGGAAAAAUUCUCAUGGAAACAUUUAUUAAAUUAAAGGAUGAUAAAUGGAUUCGAUAUUUAGGAGGUAGCUGUAUGGAUAAAUUUGUGCAAGAUAAUAAUCAUUUAAUUCCUAAAAUUUCUUUAUUGAGUAUUAUUUUUGAGAACUUUAAUAGAUUAUCAGAGAAUCACCCUUCAUUUUUAAAAAGUGUUUUGUCUGUGGUAGGAUUUGUUGUUCCUUCUAACAUUGUGAUUACAAACUCUUUUUCUUCACAUUUUUCCAGCUAUGGCAAAUACCACCAUUUAUCUAAAACAUCGUUUCUUGAUAUAUUAUUUUCUAUUCUUUGGAUUCGUUGGGUCAGUUUUCAAGCUAGUUUUCAAAAAUUUCAUGAAAGUUAUCUUUUUCAAUGUUUUUACGAAUGUCACAUAAUUAAACUUCGUGAACAUAUAAUUGAUAUCGAAAAUAAUAAAUGGUUAGGUUAUAAAAAGCCUUACAUUUCAAAUAAUCUUAAAGAAGUUAUUCUAAUCCCAGAAGAACAGCCCUCUCUUACACAAAUUGAAGAGUCUAUCAGAGAGCUGAAAAAUUCAAUUAAAGAGUUAAAAGAAUCAACUAAAGAGCUGAAAGAAUCAACUAAAGAGCCUUCUCUUGCACGAAUUGAGAACGAUAUUAAAGAACUAAAAGAUCAACUAAAGAGCUAA